CACGAACGCGCAUCAAAAGUGUUUGACAUUUUCGCCCAUCACCAGUGAAAAGAACUAAACAAUCGUUCUGCCGCAGUCGGCUUUUUGUGGAAGAAAAAUAAUUUUGUCGCACUCAAUUUGCAUCGAUUACUCGAACUCAACACAUAAUUUAACGGGCGCGAUGGACGAGUCCAUGGAGGAACACUAUUAUCAACCGAAAGUGGAAACGGUGAUCGAGGAAACGAUACUUGAGGAAACCCCACUAGAUCCGGACGCCAUCGAAUCGCUAGAUGAAGCCCAAACAGUCGGUCAGGAAGGAUCUACCUACACAAACGAGUUCACCGUUUGUAAGUUGAAAUACCGUGGCCAAACCAGUGACCCCAGUUUGGAAAAUUCCUUCAUCCGAUGGAGUUCGAUCGAAGAAUUCAUCGAUAAUCUGUUUCAACUGGUCCAGCCAUUUAUCAAGCGUGCCAUUGAGUUUCCAACGCCAACUGACCCAUGCUGGUCGGAAAAGGAACAUCCCACGAAGGAAGAUUUGCCGAUGUACGUUUCGUUCAAAGACCGAAUCCAGAAGCGGUCCUGGCGAAUGGAACACGUCGAUGAGCAUAUGCUACUCAGGUGGGCCAAUCGGGUGCUCGUACUGCAAGUGUACAUUUAUACGAUUGACAUACAGUCGCGACCUAUGUGGGAUAUCGUCACACAGGUUCUGUUUGGCAAUCCGAAUAACACUGCUGUGAAGAAGAUCAUCAUCAAAGAGCUGAGCGAGGAACAGAAACUGCAAGCCGUUGUUAAGAAGCUAAAGAAAAUACAUCAGGCCUACCUGGUUCCAAGGACGGACGAUGCAUACAAACUGUGGGCUCGGUUGAUCGUGCAACAACCGGUCCGGAGGCAUCGAGAACUUUGCUUUAAUAGGCCCCCGAAAAAGUUGCUACAGAAUUUUGUGAUUAUCGGUAAGAAGGAGAACAACAAGCGAAAGAUCAUUUCGGGGCCAGCCCAGCGGAGCCAUUCAUCCGAUGGGUUCGGGUUUGAAGAUGAAGUGUACGCCCUACGACAGACCGUGACGCAAAUCAAGGAUCUGGUAGAAAUGCUAGAUAGGAGGGUGGAACUGCUGGAGGAGAAGUGUCAAGGGUUCAAACAAAAACGGAACGGUGUUCCGAUCAAGAAGGGAAAAAUCGAUAGCGAUAAUGGUGAUCAGAAUGGAGAGCAGAAUGAAGAACCGGUGAUCGACGAGCCUUCAAAGGACGACAAAAACCUCGAAGGAGGCUACAGCGGAAAUCCUGAUCCGUUAUUGUUUCACGAUUCGAUCGACUUUGUAAAGCAAGAGUUUGCUGAGAGUGAAUCUGAUGGUUAAGUUAGUAUGAUGUGACGAAUAAAUGAAGUUCAAUGGAAGGCAAGGAAUUUCUUUCCUCUUAAAUACAACAGCUGAAUCCAAAUAUGCAAUACAUU